AUGUCUGGCGGUGACGAGCAGGGUUUUGAUGUCCGGUUUCGCGAGCCGCCUCUGUUUGGGCGACAGUCGUCGGCCCCGGCAUUUGGCCAAUCUGUCAAUGAUCAUACUACCACGUCUUUAGAUGACUCGCCGACCGUCCCUUUCUCCCCCCAGGCAGAAUUAUCAACCACGUAUUAUCCACCGUCGGGCUCUAUUCGAACCCAUAAUUCCUCUUCCACGAAUCACCUGCCGGACGAUCAAUUGCAAGAUCGUAGAGGGGAGUCUCCAGACCCUGCUGACUAUUAUCGCCAGCGUGGAUCCCUGCCAGGGACCUCGUCCAAUGUAAGAGAGGGGCUCGGCGAUGUAAUAACGGGCAUGGCUGCGGCCGACUAUCCUGCAGUCGGUGACAAAGUGUCACCCCUGCCAACAAACAUGUUGGACUCAUCGCACGCUAGACGUCAACCAUAUCGCUCUACCUCAGAUUCUCCAACAUUAGGAGCUCCUUCUGCCAACAUCCCCCCGUCAAACACGAACCCAAGGUCACGACAGCCGUCGUUCAAAGACCUUGUCAACAAGUUCAACAAAACCUCCGAUCAGAUCCUCCCUUUGCCAUCUGUUUCUCGUCCAACCUCACGGGCACCAAGCCCUUCCGGAAGUGUUGACGCAGAGCGAAAUCGGGCAUUGCCACGGCGCCGUCAGUAUCGUGAUUCUUUACCAGAAGCGACCACCAACAACCCUGGAGCGCUCGUCGAUUCGACCCCAUCGUCGCCAGAGAUAGAGAGAUUUGGGCCGCCCCUAGACACAAACGGUGUUAUUCCUCCGCCUCUGUUUCAAAGGACUCCAGUGUCGUAUCCUCGCCGGCCAUUGUUUGGUGAACUGCUGCCGAUCAAUACACAGCUUCACAACGGAGUCCUAUCGCGCCUACAACAACGUCGCGGGUCGGAUGGAAGUAUUCCAAGCCCAAACCCAGCCUUCCUCGAGCAUCACGACCAAUAUCCCGCAAAAUCACCACUCACACCUACUGCAUGGUAUCUUGGACACACAACUUCGUUAGAGGCAGUGUACGCCGGGAUAAAUACAACUGGCAAACAUCGUCGAGCUCAAAGUGACUUGGAUAAAAUAAGAGAGCCCCUUGCAGAACCGUGGAAUCCUGAAAUGGCGGUACCUGCGCCCUUGCGCCGGACCAAGCCCGGCCAUGGAUCGCCCCCGGACAGUCCAAAUUCCAAGUCUCGCAUUCCUGUCUUCUCGCACCGUCUUGCCUCUGCUUCCGGCCCCGAAAGCUUAUCACCAUCCUCCAAUCCCACCUUUAGCAGUCGAUCCGCUGCCAUUACCUCGCCGCCCAAGGGGAGUAGCCGCCUUCCUAUUCCGUCACCUAAACAAAGUCCUCCCCGCAUGCCAGCAGACGAUCCCAUUUCGUUCGCAACAACCUCCCGUGGUAGACGGGAUCUAACAGUUGGCCGAACCCGCAAUCAAAUAUCUGAAUCCAGCCGACGGCUUCAGGCCUACAUCGCUGAGCCGCCGCCUAAAAAAUCGCCUCCGUUGCGCAGUUCACGACCUCGACAACCCGUCUCACAUGGUACUGCGGUCUCCCCACGCUCUAAAAUCGGAGAUAGAGUUUUGAACUUACAAAAACAAGCCAGUCACGGCAGCUCGCGGUCUCGUUCUGAACGCAAAUUACCUGAAUUAGGCAACGUUGAUUUUGAUGCUCGUCGCCGGCACAUUCAACAGGCAAUCAAUCGGCACUCAAGUUCGGGUGUUGGAAAGACUCAGAAUGAUAGAGGACUGGACACAUCAACCGCCGCAAAGCUUCGACGUCACGCUUCGGCGCGAGAACAGGAGACGCAUGAAGAUUUGAAGCAACCGACGGACGAACCUAAAAUUACCCCCAAUCUGCCCAUGACCAACGCUCUGUCAUCCGAUCAGAUGGCCACAAUGGUCCAAGAGUUGGCCGACUCGGUGGAGUAUGAAGAAAGUAGGGUUCAUGCUGUUCCUAGACUGCACCUCAAUACUGCCCUGCCAGCAUCGGAUACGGCAGCGCCCCACACAACAAUGGACUCCCCUACUCUUGGCCUCCCACAGGGUGUGAACCCAACGACUAUAGAUGAAGGGCGUCCUACCAACGGUAUCACGACACACUCCGCUGCCACAUCAGACUCCGGCGAUACUCAUGUCACUACUUUUGACCCAGAGCCGCAGUCCGGGUUGCUACAGCACAACCCCAGCGUUUCUCAUCGAACUAUUCUGGAACAAAUAAUGCAGAUCCGUGACAGCCCAAGCGACGACUCGUGCGACGAACCCGAUUGCAGUCUUUCAGAGAACGACGACAGAGAAUCCAUCCAGAUCAUGCUUGGAGAUACGACCUACUACAAUUCGUCUAGUAGCACUAAUACUCAAGAAGCGGAGCAUUCUUCAAUGAACCAGGCUCAAAAUAUGGCCCAUCUUCGCAACCGAUGGAGCAUCAGUUCAUGGUCCUCUGUACAAAACCAACAUUCCACCUGUGACGAGGAGUGCGACGAGAGUGGGGAUGAUUCUCUGCUACAAAACCGUGAAACAGAACCACCAACCGAAACCUGUUCAGCAGUAUCAACAAGGCCAGCUUCAAUAGCAGACAACGAGUUAUCGGGUCCAAUUCAGGAUCACGGAGUAAUGGGACCGAAUACACUUCAUGCAUCUGAUCAAUUUCGACCUAAUGCUUUCUCUACUCCCCCAAGCUUGGCUAGAUUAGGCAAAUGGGAUUCGAAGCGUGCCACUCAGCUCUACCUGGAGGAGUUGACACGAGGCAGGAGCCAAUAUCCUGGCUCAGCAAUUCAAAUAUCGUCCGAGCCUCGAUCUCAUCCCACAGAUUCACAUGCAGACCGGCGAACCGAUAGUCUAACUGACGAUCCAGUCGUCAUUCCAGAAUUCCAGGAGUUCCGUGCCUCGGAUAAACUCUCACACGCGGCUAGUUUGGUUGGGCGUGAUGAUUGGGAACAUGCAUCUCCAUCUAUCAUGGACUGGAUGCAGGUCGCAGCUGAAGAUGACGUGAUGACCCCUGACACUGAAACCGAUGGUAUGCGUACUGAAGGGUUGCUCACGCCCCGCGUGGUGCCUUCCGCAGUCCACGACGUAGGCGUAACUAGUACAAACAGUGGUCUUGGACUCUCCGUUGGUAUGGAAGCUUCCAACGCAUUUCCUUUGUCAUCAUUUCCCCCGAACUCAACAAGCCAAUCGCUGGAUAAUGAACAUCUUGGAGGUCAAGAUCCGCUUAAGCCAUCGGGUCACACCUCUCUAAAUCGAGGUAUACACACUGCUCCUAGAGGUGCGGGACACAGUCCGGGCAGCAGUCAGGACUCCUCUUUCCAAAAUUUGGAGUCUAUACAAUCUUCUAUGGCUGCUGAUUCCUCCGCUACUUCACUUGUUCCGUCCACUGAGCAAACUCUUCGUGUUGAGCCGAAGGAUUCACCUUCUCCGGAACAACGACGUCUCAAGAAGCGACGUCACAUCAUCAAAGAACUUGUCGAUACGGAACACACCUUUGGUCAUGAUAUGCAAAUCAUCGAGGACAUUUACAAGAGCACCUCACUUCCUGUGUUGGAUCCCGAUGAUGUCAAGGUUCUCUUCGCCAAUUCAGAUCAAGUCGCGGCCUUCUCCGACAAGUUCUUGUAUGAUCUAAAGCAAGCAGCUCAAAGCAUCUAUGUCAUACCAAAGGCCUUGCGAUGGACCAGCAAGCGAAAGCGCAACAAUCAGCCUGCCGAGUCCACUACCCCGGAAGCCGGUAAAGUGGCGGAGCUUGCAGGAAUGUCAGAACUUGAAAAGGAUCGCGCGACCUCUGUUGGCCAGGUUUUUGUCACCCACAUGAUGCAGAUGGAAAAGGUGUAUACCGACUACUUGAAGAACCACGAUGCUGCAAACAAGAAACUCCAGGUGGUACAGCGUAAUCCGAAAGUGCGGUUGUGGCUGAGCGAAUGCCAGAAGGGUGCUAUUGAUCUCACGACUGCCUGGGAUUUGGACUCUUUGCUCGUCAAACCGGUACAAAGAAUCUUGAAGUAUCCCCUUAUUCUCCGCGACCUGUUGGAGUCCACGCCAAACGACCACCCUGACCGAGCGGCAAUUGCCAGUGCCCUGGAAGAGGUCACAAAUGUUUCUCAUCGUAUCAACGAACUGAAAAAGCGAGUAGACCUUGUUGGUCAAGCUGUCAAUCGAAAGCGGAACCAGUCCGACGUGCGUACCGGUCUUUCUAAAGCAUUUGGUCGCCGCACAGAAAAGUUCAGACAGCAAGUUGGCCUCUCUGACUUGUUUGAGGACAAAACAUAUGACUCGCUAGCACAAAGGCUUAGUGACGGCUAUUUCCAGUUGCAGGUUGUCAUGCGUGACGCGGAGAGUUAUACUCGGGAUGCGCAGCUCUACGUGAACCAGUUCAACGAGUAUGCCGACUCGAUUGAAGAGAUCAUCAGCAUGUCGCCUUCUCCGUAUCCACAGUUGGAGAGCAAGUGGCAUCAGUUCAAGAUGACAGUUCAGGAGAUUGUUACGACUGCUCUGCCAGAACAUCUUGCUGUCGUCCGCAAAACGGUUAUCGAUCCGAUGGUUGAAUUAUUAGGACUAUACAAUGCACCUCAGCGUGUUAUGCGAAAGCGCGACAAACGGCUCCCGGAAUAUGCCCGCUAUAAAGCCAUCAAAGACCGUGGUGACAAACCUGACAAGAAGACUAUCGAACAGGGCGAGCAAUUUCUGGCUUUGAACGAUACCUUGAAGGAUGAAUUGCCUAAACUCUAUGCGUUGACUGCCAAACUGAUGGGAGCCUGUCUGAAGAACUUUAUCGAGAUUCAGACUGUGUGGUAUAGUGUCCUACAGAAAAAGAUUGGUGUUCAUGUGGAAUUAUUCCCCAAUGACCUCGAGAGGCUCAUCAGCGACUUUAAUAGCGACCACACUUUGAUGGAGGCAAGAAUGGCGGAGCUCAGCUCUUGCAACGGGGCGAUGAUGGCUCAUUCGCUCAAUUUGGUCCCAUUUUCACCCAGUGAGCAGCAAAAUCCCAUGUCACCUCGUCGUCCUUCCACGGUGAACAGCUCGAAUGCGCGACCUGGGUCUUUGAACGAUGAUUCACCAAAAAUGUCCCGGGAUUUCAGCAUCGGGAGCCAGUCAUUCCAAUCUCCCCAGAUGGAAAGCCACUCCAGCCGCAGCAGCCGUUACCGGGCUGAUUCUAUUCUAUCUGGCCGAAUCGCCCCAGGCACUCCCAACCAACUGCUGCAGCAAGUCACCAGCUCUCCCGGACCUGGUAGGACGAGCGAUGUCGAGCCCUUCCCAAGCCUACCGAGACUCAGCCUGGACACACCGUUCCUGGAGGAUGUGAUCAACAGCUCCUCGCAUUCGAGCAAUGUGCCAGCCUCUCCGACUGAUCGAUACUCCGGAUUCUUCUCAUCUGCCAUGCCCAUGUCGGAUGUGCCAAGUGAUACUGUUGCGAAUGGACAAUUUGAACGCAGCACCCCUCCCAUAGGCCCUGCGACGUUGUUCUGCGCGGCGAGUGUUUAUGAUUUUGAAAUCGACUCUCGCACCGAGGGUGGAUAUCCCUAUCUGACCUACGCCUCGGGGGAUAUCUUCGACGUCAUAGGCGAGAAGGGCGAGCUCUGGCUUGCCCGCAAUCAGGAUGAUGCCAGCAGGACAGUUGGUUGGAUUUGGAACAAGCAUUUUGCCCGACUCAGCAGCUGA